AUGUUGCGUUCUAGCCAGGCCAGAAGCGUGGUACGCUCCAGUCAGUGGGCCACCACCGCGCGAGUUCACCAACUGGAGCUGCCAAGCGGGUGGAAGCCGAGCGCACUCGGAGUAGCACCAUGGCAGCAGCGCCAGCAGCGCCAGCAGCGCCAGCUGUCGGUCAGGUCGCUCGAUCACUUGGUGAUCACCUGCCACGAUAUGGACAAGACCAUUGACUUUUACACGCGCCUCGGCAUGGGCGUGGUGCAGUUCGGACAAGGGCGCAAAGCGCUCGAGUUUGGCUCCCAGAAGAUCAACCUGCACCAGAAAGGCAAAGAGUUCGAACCGAAGGCGUUGGUCCCGCAACCGGGAUCCCAGGACUUGUGUUUCGUCAUUCACGACAGCAUCGCCGACGCCCAGAAACACCUGCAAGAGCACGGCAUCCAAGUUGUCGAGGGCCCCGUCAAGCGCACCGGUGCUGUCGGACCGAUCCUCAGCAUCUACGUGCGCGAUCCCGACAAUAACCUGAUCGAGCUCUCGUCGUACCAAGACGCAAAGUGA